AUGUCAGGUUCUUUACUGUUAGAAAAAGUAAUUAGCUCUUUAGUUAACACAGCACCACCAGGAGAAUUGAUUGGUGUCAGCAAGGAUUUGUCUUCAAUUGUUUUUGAUCAAGCUGGAAGUAAUACAGUUAACAGUUCUAUCGAGGACUACAUAAAGGAGAAUGGAGCAAUCAUAUCUUCCAAAUACAUAGCAAUCAAGCAUAACAAAGACGAACAGUCUACUAAGUAUGUGGACUACAUUAACAAGAAGAAGUUCAAUAUUGAUUUGACUGCCAACAAGGCUAUUGACUUUGAAGAUUAUGAAUCUGAUGUCCAGUACCCCACGUAUUUUGACGAGUUAGUUGGACAGUUAGAGAGUUACGGUGCCGAUCACUAUCCUUCCACUUAUGCGUUCACAAUCAUACCCGAAGGAAACAAAGUCCACGUUGUUAUCAUUGGACAGAGGAUUAACCAGGAAAAUUAUUACACAGGUCAGUGGAAGUCACACUAUGUUAUCGAGGACAAAAAUAUCAGUGGAGGGGUUAAACUUGAUAUUCACUACUAUGAGGAUGGUAACGUUCGUCUAAACUUUGAUGAAAAUGUUGAAGGCAAGUUGGAUGGCUCAGGUGCCAACAGCAUUAUCAAUUUCAUCAACUCUACAGAGAACAAGAUAACGAUCAAGAUCGUUGAGAACUUCAAUGGUUUGAACCAAAAGUCUUUCAAGAACUUGAGAAGACUUCUUCCGGUUACAAGAUCAAAAAUCAACUGGGGUAGCGCCAUCGGGAACUACAAGUUAGGUUCCGACGUUGUUCAUAAAAAAUGA